UAUUGUCAGAUUUUUAUUUUAAAACUGUAAGAAAAUGUGUUUUCAAGGCAUAAGGAGACCACAGUAAUGGUCACACUAAAGAUUUAGAAGUUAAGUUUCUUACUGCUUUAAGUAAGCAUGAGAAUUGUGGUCCUGUGCUUUAACGAAACUGAAGGGAAAAAAAUCAGAGGUUAAAAUAAAACAACACUUAUUAAUAGAAAGUUGGUAUUUGUAGUCCGUACUUACUAUUUGGCCACAUGAUGUCGCUCUUUACCGCGAAAUUUUCUCAUUCAAGACAAGACUAAGUCAUCCGUUUUCAUACUGGAAAGACUCCUCAUUCUGUUUCUCUAAACCGACGAACAAUGGCGAGCGCUUCAGGAUAGUAAGGAAGAGAUGAGAAGAUUCCUCCAGAUUUUGGGACACGUUACGAUUUGAAUGAAAAAAAAAAAAAAAACAAUUAAUUUGAAAUGGUGUACUCGAAUCGAGGCGACCGGGAGCACCGGCAUCGACUGCUGUUUUUUAUAAUUCUCACAGUCUGGGAGCCUGGAAGCGGCCAGGUCCACUACUCGGUCCUGGAGGAGGCUAAACACGGCACCUUCGUGGGUCGCAUCGCCCAGGACUUGGGGCUGGAGCUGACGGAGCUCGUACCGCGCCUGUUCCGGGUGGCGUCCAAAGGCCACGGGGACCUUCUGGAGGUAAAUCUGCAGAAUGGCAUUUUGUUUGUGAAUUCUCGGAUCGAUCGGGAGGAGCUGUGCGGGCGGAGCGCGGAGUGCAGCAUCCACCUGGAGGUGAUCGUGGACAGGCCGCUGCAGGUUUUCCAUGUGGAGGUGGAGGUGAAGGACAUUAACGACAACGCGCCUGUGUUCCCCCAGACACAAAAGAAUCUGUUUAUAGCAGAAUCCAGGAUGCUAGACUCUCGGUUUCCACUAGAGGACGCUUCGGAUGCAGAUAUCGAGGAGAACGCUCUGUUGACUUACAGACUGAGCCCGAACGAGUUUUUCUCUCUGGACGUACCAACAAAUGACGAACAGGUAAAACCUCUUGGACUUGUAUUACGGAAACCUUUAGACAGGGAACAAUCUCCGGAACUUCAUUUAUUGCUCACGGCCACUGAUAGAGGCAAACCUGAGCUGACUGGCUCCGUUCAGUUACUCAUCAAAGUGCUGGACGCCAAUGACAACGCCCCCGCUUUCGAUAAAACACUCUAUGCCGUGAAAUUACCAGAAAAUAUUCCCAAUGGAACUUUGGUAAUUAAACUGAACGCCUCAGAUUUGGAUGAAGGCUCGAAUGCUGAUAUUAUUUACUUAUUCUCUAGUGAUGUUUCCCCAGAUAUAAAAUCUAAGUUCUACAUUGAUGCCAUAAACGGAGAAAUUGUAGCAAUAGGACAUAUCGAUUUUGAAGAAAGUAAAACCUACAAACUUCGAAUAGAAGCGAUCGAUAAAGGCUCCCUACCACUAGCUGGUCACUGUACAGUUCAUGUGCAAGUUUUGGACGCUAAUGAUAAUGCUCCUGAGUUGACUGUUACUUCCCUGUCUCUCCCUAUCUCAGAGAAUGCUCAGCCGGGCACAGUCAUCACCUUGAUUAAUGUGUCUGACCGAGAUUCCGGAGCUAAUGGGGAGGUGACCUGCUCAUUAACACCCCACGUCCCCUUCAAGCUGGUGUCCACCUUCAAGAACUACUAUUCGCUGGUGCUGGACAGCGCCUUGGAUCGCGAGAGCGUGUCCAACUAUGAGCUGGUGGUGACUGCACGGGACGGAGGAUCGCCUCCGCUCUCCGCCACCGCCAGCGUGCCCGUGGAAGUGGCGGACGUGAACGACAACGCGCCGGCGUUCGCGCAGCCCGAGUACACGGUGUUCGUGAAGGAGAACAACCCGCCCGGCUGCCACAUCUUCACGGUGUCGGCGCGGGACGCGGACGCGCAGGAGAACGCGCGGGUGUCCUACUCGCUGGUGGAGCGGCGCGUGGGCGAGCGCGCGCUGUCGAGCUACGUGUCGGUGCACGCGGAGAGCGGCAAGGUGUACGCGCUGCAGCCGCUGGACCACGAGGAGCUGGAGCUGCUGCAGUUCCAAGUGAGCGCGCGCGACGCGGGCGUGCCUCCGCUGGGCAGCAACGUGACGCUGCAGGUGUUCGUGCUGGACGAGAACGACAACGCGCCCGCGCUGCUGCCGCGGCCCGGCGCGGGCGGCGGGGGCGGCGCGCUGAGCGAGCUGGUGUCGCGGUCGGUGGGCGCGGGCCACGUGGUGGCGAAGGUGCGCGCGGUGGACGCGGAUUCCGGCUACAACGCGUGGCUGUCGUUCGAGCUGCAGCCGGCGGCGGGGAGCGCGCGCAGCCCGUUCCGCGUGGCGCUGUACACGGGCGAGAUCAGCACGACGCGCCCCCUGGACGAGGCGGACCCGCCGCGCCAGCGCCUGCUGGUGCUGGUCAAGGACCACGGCGAGCCGGCGCUGACGGCCACGGCCACCGUGCUGCUGUCGCUGGUGGAGAGCGGCCAGGCGCCAAAGGCGUCGUCGCGGGUGUUGGCUGGCUCCGCUGGCGCCGAGGCGGCGCUGGUGGACGUCAACGUGUACCUGAUCGUCGCCAUCUGCGCGGUGUCCAGCCUGCUGGUGCUCACGCUGCUGCUGUACACGGCGCUGCGGUGCUCGGCUCCGCCCAGGGAGGGCGCGUGUGGGCCUGGGAAGCCCACGCUCGUGUGCUCCAGCGCGGUGGGGAGCUGGUCGUACUCGCAGCAGAGGCGGCAGAGGUGUGCUCUGGGGAGGGCGCUCCCAAGACCGACCUCAUGGCCUUCAGUCCCAGUCUUCCUCCGUGUCCUGGAUCUCUAAAUGCAACGGAAGAUUCAGAAGCUUCUUUGGAGUCCUCUGGAAAGCCUCGACAGCCCAACCCUGACUGGCGUUACUCUGCCUCCCUCCGAGCAGGAAUGC